UGCAGCCCCACCUCUCCGGCCCAGACCGGAAAUGAGGUCAGAGAGGGAAACCCGGGCUAGGAGCUUCGGCCCCGAAGGCGGCGCCGGGUACGAGCGGCUGCGGCAGCCGAUGUGGCCUCAUGGAUGAGCUGGUACACGACUUAGCCUCAGCCUUGGAGCAGACCUCUGAGCAGAGUAAGCUUGGUGAGCUAUGGGAGGAGAUGGCCCUGAGCCCCAGGCAGCAGAGGCGGCAGCUUCGGAAGCGCAGAGGCCGGAAGCGCAGGUCUGACUUUUCUCACCUGGCAGAGCAUGCCUGCUGCUUCAGUGAAGCCUCAGAGUCCAGUCUGGAUGAGGCCACCAAGGACUGUCGAGAAGUGGCGCCGCUCACCAAUGUCAGCGACUCUGACGACACAGCGGUGGCCAAACGCCACCCAGCCCUCAGUGCCAUCAUCAGGAGUAAGCAACACUCGUGGCACGAAUCUGACUCCUUUACAGAAAAUGCGCCUUGCCGGCCACUCAGGCGCCGGCGGAAGGUGAAGAGAGUGACGUCAGAGGUUGCCGCCAGUCUGCAGCAGAAGCUGAAAGUGUCAGAUUGGAGCUAUGAGAGGGGCUGCAGGUUCAAGUCUGCCAAGAAGCAGCGCCUGUCGCGCUGGAAGGAGAACACUCCCUGGACCUCGUCAGGCCACGGGCUGUGCGAAUCGGCAGAAAGCAGGACUUUCCUAAGCAAAACCGGAAGGAAAGAAAGGAUGGAGUGUGAGGCCGAGGAGCAGAAGCAGGGCUCCGAUGAGAACAUGUCAGAAUGUGAAACUAGCAGUGUAUGCAGCAGCAGUGACACAGGGCUCUUCACCAAUGAUGAAGGACGGCAAGGGGAUGAUGAGCAAAGUGAUUGGUUUUAUGAAGGAGAAUGUGUCCCUGGAUUCACCGUCCAUAACCUUCUGCCCAAGUGGACUCCUGAUCACUGCACUGAAGUAGAAAGAAUGGACUCCGGACUGGAUAAACUCUCAGAUCCUACAUUCCUUUUACCUUCCCGGCCAGCUCAAAGAGGAUACCAUGCUCGUCUGAAUCGAUUGCCAGGAGCUACAGCUCGGUGCCUCAGGAAGGGGCGGAGAAGGCUGGCUGGGAAGGAGACCAGCAUAAGCAGCCUGGGGACAGAGAGGAUCAGCCAUGUCAUCAGUGACUCCCUGCAGAAAGAAAAGAAUAAAGCAUUGGCUUCUGAUUUUCCCCACAUUUCUGCUUGUGCACAUGAGUUUAAUCCUCUCUCUCCCCUUUACUCCCUGGAUGUUCUUGCUGACGCUUCUCAUCGAAGGUGUUCCCCUGCACACUGCUCUGCCAGGCAGGCAAAGGUACACUGGGGACCACCAUGUUCACGUGACAUUAAGAGGAAGCGGAAACCUGUGGCCUCAGCAUCUUUAUCUAGCUCUAGUACAGUGCUCCCAGAUGGGCUGGAGCCAGCCACCCCAGGCCCGAAGCCCCCCCACUCCGAGUGGCUGGACAGGACCUGUGUAGCAGAGAAAGCCACUGCCCCAGCUCCAGCCACGUUUUUCAAAACGCCACAUGAAAAGACUUCUGGAUGCAGCUAGAGCCCAAUAGCUGAUGGGUGUCGGAACUUUGUAUUGUACAGUCCAGGUGUCCUAACCGGCAGUCCUGGUCCGUGCGCCACCAGGACCGACUCCUCUUCCCACGCAUAUUUGGGGAUCUUUUUUGUAAAGUAUCAGGGCAGCAGUUUUUUUCCAAGGGGCUGGGGCGUCUUCUGCUGUAUUCCUUGCUCUGUUGUUAGCCCACUGUUCCCCCAGCUGCCUUCCUAGAGCUGGUACCCUUGGCAGCUCUUCUUUGUUCCUGGAAAACUAGUAACAGCUUUUGCAUACCUUCUGUGUAGAGCUUUCAAUAUCACCGAGGAAGUCCCAAAUUCAGAGCCAGUUCCAACACAUUCCUGGACGGAGUUGUGUCUAUGCAGUGAGGCUUGCUGGCCAUCCAUCGAGCCUUCCUUUAUUCACUCUGUGCCAGUAAGAUCCACCAACCCAGAAGAGACCUCAGCGGUGUGGGGUGGGAACUUCUUCCACUGGGCCUGCACGUGGACUGAGGGGAUCACCAGCAGCCGCUGCACUGCACUUGACGUCAUCUUCCUGGUCUGUGUUCUGCUGACCGAGGGCACAUCUAAGCACCGAGGUGGUGUACUCAAAUGGUGGUGGUGGUUAGGUGCGCAGCAGAGUAGUCAGUGGAUGGUGUUUGCUCUAGCAUUUCUGAUCCUGGUCUAAGGCUUUAUAUCCUAAGUGGGACUUCACUGUUAGUGUGCUGUAGAUCAGUAGCCAGUGAUGAGCAGAGACUCGGGCUGUUAUCUGGUACGAUAAUGACUGCUUGGAAGGAAAAAUGUCGUUUUGACAUGCCUCUGUGUGGCGUGUUUAUGACUGCUCAGCUGCAUGUAGAGUUGCAUAUACGGUUGUGCCUGAAGUGGGAUGCUACUUUGUCAAAGUGAGGAAUAUGGGACUGCCUGGAGCUGCUGGGGAAAGGCCACGCUUCCCUCAAGUAUUCUCAAGAGCGCCUGUCAUUCAGGGCCUGCUUCUUUUGUAUCCAUGAGUGCUUUUACUCUGAAAGACACAGGAGCUGUUUGCUCCGUGCUCACUGCUGUGGUCACAUGGGACAGAACACCUUCCUUAGACAGGUGCCGGGCGGUCCAGUGCCUCCCUUUCCCAAUGUAAUUGUCCCUCCCACACCGUGUAACUAACGUGAGGGGGGCAGGCGGGCAGAGUGGGAGUCUCUUUGGAAAGGGGGACCUGGAGCUCAGCUCUUACAGACCCUGUGGAAGGCUGACCACAAGAGCAGGGGCCCCCAGAGCCCCCCAGUUCUUUUAAGGAGAGGCUGUCCUGUGGCUGUCGCAGCUAAGUCCAUAGAAGAUGGGGAACGUGGCGCUGUUCCAUGGCUCGGUGAUGAAGUGGGCUGUGUCGUGCACUCUCCCUAGCCCCACAGGGCCUGUGGAACACAUUUCGAACACUCUGGCCUGGGUGAAGGGAGAGCUCUACUGAUGACACUUGGAAAAUGUGUCCAAGCUGCUGCCUGCAGACACUGAUCCUGAGGACGGCUUGUGAGACCCCCACAGUUCGGGGCAAAGGUAUUCCCGGAGCGCUCCUUCAUGGGGCAUUGCCAGGCCCGUCCGCUUUUCUACCUGGGCUUAAAGUAGUUUAUAUAUUCAUAUUUAUUUACACUUUGAAUAUCUCUCUGAAGCCAUGCCAAUUUUCAGAGCUGAAGGCAGACUUGCAUAUGUACUCAGGCACAUGGGUGAGCCAAACAAAUGAUAGACUUUCAUGCUGUUCUGCCCUGGGUUAUAUAAUCUGUGUUUCUCAUUGGUAUCCCUAGUCAUUCUGAGGCCCACAUCUAUGAAGUUUUUCAUGAGUGUUUACCAUCUUUCUUGGUCAUGCAUUUCUGCACAUUUCUGAAUACUUUUUUUGACAGGAAUCACCCAAGAUUGUAGUAUUUACCUAUAAUGAAUGAGAAUAAAGUUAUUUACCUGAGAAAAUAGAAUAUUAAGCGCACAAAUACUUUCUAAUACAGGGUUGUAAAUUAUGCUCAUUUUAAGGUGUGCAUGCAUGCUUAAGGAAGCCAUUUAUUCUGCCUAUUUCUCUGUCAACCAGCUUCAGGGGCUAACUUCAGUAUCAGCUGUAUUUUAAACCUUACAUUUAAAAUUUUUUAUGACACAGUGGAUAAUGUCAUAAAUUAAGGUCUGCUUCUCAAGGACGAUGUGGUUUUGUUGUCAGUAUUGAAGAUCACCAGACAGACUUAAAGAUGACCAUUGAUUGAGCUCAUGCAUUGGAUAUCAGAAGUUAAUGAAGCCAAGUGCCACAGUUCUGAAUUCUAGGUCCUGAUAUAUCCUUAUGGACUACACAGAUGUUUUUCUGAAUUUUACUGUUGUAUUUUUUCUAUAACGGACAAAAGUCCUAUUUUCUACUUGCAUGAAGUCCAUUCACAAGCUGUUAGCUUUGCUGAGGAAUUUGAGGGUAUUUGAAAUUAUUUUUACGCACAGCAUUUAAAGGAAGAACUUCAUUUGUAUGAAAAUCCCUGGAGAGCUCUUUGGUCAGAGCUGCUGAGAAGAGGAAUUAGUGCUAUUUAUGUCGUGCUGCAUUUGGAGGGGCAGGAUAUAGUUUUUCCGAGUGGCAUGUGGUUGGGCCUUGAGUUCUUUAGAAAUCAGUUGCAAUAAGAGAUUAUGGAUGACACAUCGGCUCUUAAACGAGCAGCAGAUGACCUGAGGUGAAUAAAGCAUCUCAGUCGGUGCUUAUGAAUGAGAUCUUUUUUAAGUAAAAUUCAUUGUGAAUAAAGAGUUAUUAUCAGUCCUCAAAAGAUUGAUUAAUCAUUUGGGGAUGAGAGACACUAAGCAUAUCCAUCCAUCUGUAUCUAUCUACCUAUCAUCUGUCUAUCAUCCAUCUAUCAAUCUGUCGUCUAUCUAUAUCUACUUAUCUAGCCAUCUAUCUAAAAUUUCCUUCCAUGGUCUAGGAAGUUCUGUGUUAACCUGAGCCACUGAGAACUGAGAGUUAAUAGGUACUAGGAGGAGCUGCUAGGCCGCCAUCAUCAUGGCUGAUGCAGUUGGUUCUUGGGCUCUAGAUAAAGGGUUAUGAGGAUGCGUGGCUCGUUUAAGGUCUUUAUUCUAGUUUAGCACCAUUGCUGUGGUUCUGGGCAAUGUGCUUUUAUCUCUCCCCUUCCUGGGCAAAUGCCUUGGGUAUACCUCAGCAGCAGAAGCUGUAUUUUAAAUCAGUUUCAAGGAAAAGCCUUACACAUUUUUUAGCAUAAUGAUGUACAUUUUAAUAUAUAGUUGAGAAAAAGUGAAAAACUUAAAAGAACAAAUACCGUAAGUACAUCGAAGGCAUGUAAUAAGCAUCUGUGGAGGUUGGUAAUCUCAGACCUGAGUCCACCCACAUCCUCAUGUCUGCUUUAUACCCAGCUAACUGUCUGUGAAGGCUUGGGAUCAACAGUUACACCCCAUUGGUUUGUUGUUGAGUUAUGGCAUCGGCAUUUCAGAAUAUGAUAAGCUCAUUUGAAGCUUUCGAAAGAAAGGGACACUGUUAAAGAUGAUUUUAUUCAGAGUAAUUAAGAUGGGUCCUGACUUACUGCCAAAGCCCACAAACCCAAGUUCUUCCUUGCAGAGAAGAUGUUCUGAGAACUGUCUAACACUGUUUCCCUAGACUCUGUAUAUGUGGUUGGCUAACAACCGAGAGGUUGUUACAAACUUUUAAAACACUACACAACUUCUCUUUCCUUUGUUUGGUUUUUCCAGACAGGGUUUCUCUGUGUAGCCCUGGCUGUCCUGGAACUUGCACUGUAGACCAGGCUGGCCUUGAUCUCACAGAGAUCCGCCUGCCUCUGCUAGGAUUAAAGGCAUGUACCACCACCACCCGGCCUUUUUCCUAUCUUAAAGAGCAAUUAAAACCACCUGUUGCCAAACAUGCCAGCAUUUCUAAAUAACUAGCAAAAGUCUCGUGAUAGUGUUGGGCUGGGUGGCACACACCUUUAAUCCCAGUAUUGGAGAGGCAGAGGCAGGUGGAUCUCUAGUUCAAGGCCAGCCUGAUCAACAUAGUGAGUUCUAAGACAGUGAGGGCUACACAGAAACCCUGUCUCAAAAAAACAAAACAAAAAAAAAACGUUCAUACCAGUGAUCCCAGAAUCGCCAGGCAGAGACAGGAGGAUUCCAGGCUGACCUGAACUACAUCAAGAUUUUGUCUUGAACAAACAAUUCGAAAAGCUUCCUGUGGUUCCAGUAAUGCAAAUGUUUUCUUUCUCUGAAAGGUAGUUCUGAUCCUUGUAGAAUCUUCAAAUGUUUAAAAUUGAAGAAUGAAAGAAGGUAAUCUUAAAAUAGCUUCUGGGUAGUUUUGUUAACUACAAACUGAUGCACCCCUGAUAUAGUAAUCUAUACCAGGUAUCUUCCAGUGCCUCCUUCUGUUAGCAGUUUUUGCAAAGCUGCCAUUCCAAAUCCAGUUAACCUUAGCCUCUCAGCAACUAAUCAUGCUCUCCCACCCAUGACCUACUCAGCAGAGCAUCCUCCCUCCCAACCACACUUCCUCUUACAAAUACCUGUCUUGCCCAGGACUGUUGCCCUCAGCCCUUGUGAUCCGUACUCUGCUCAGGCUAGCUAUAUAUAGCCUUUUAUCAUAGCCAUUUUUGCAUUUUAAUAUGCUCAGAAACUUCUCCCCUUCAAACAAAAUACCCUUGUUUGACUCUGGACCCCUGCCGACCACUGAAGUAUGCCUCCCACUCUAUCUUUGAAUUCUGUUUUUCAUUGAAGCAGGGGUUUUUAACCCUGGACGUACAUGUGGACUAACUGGAAGUUUUCAAAGAGAUGACGGUGCAGCAGGUAAAAGGCGUUUGUCACCAAACCUGAUGUCUCGAGUUCUGUCCUGGGGACUCAAAGGGUAGAAGAGAAUCAGCCCUCACAAUGUUGUCUGCCCUCUGUCCUAAUCAGAUUACCGUGGCACAUAUGUGCACAAUAAAUAUGAUUUUCUUUUCAUCAAAGGCAAAACAGUUCUCAAAUGAAUUUUAGGGCAAAUCCAUCCUGUAUUUACUAUCUUAUAUCUAUGCAUAAUUGGGUGUACAUAUGAUUAAAACCAGAUGCAUUAUAGGAAGGGACAUAUGCAGUAAAUGAUUAUGUGACGAGCUAAUCUAUCAAUCAAAGCACUGUUACCAGUAAGAUGUUUUCUCUGCCAUUGUAUCUUCUUACUAGUAACUCUAUAUAUGAAAAGUAUCGAUUUUGUAUGCUAAUUCUAUUUCCUGCUACUGA